AUGAAAAGGAGAGUAAUCUUUUUUUUUAAUGUUUUUUUUCUUUUUUGCUGCCAUUAUUCCCUGAAAUUUUCUUUUUUGGUUGGCUUUUUUUCUGGCUUUUCCCCUUUCUGCUGGCUUGUUUAUUUUUGCAGUAUUCUUCUUUUCUUUUUUACUAUUUUUUGUCUUUUCGUGAUAGCUUUUUUUGCUGGCUUUUAUUGCAAGCAUUUUGCUGUCUUUAUUGCCGGCUUUUUUUUUCUUUUUUUGCUGGCUUUUUUUCUUUUUUUCCGUCUUUUGUUUCGUGGCAUGUCUGGUGCCUUAUGUCUUUUUUGGUGUCUUUUUUAUUUUUCAUUAUUUUGCUGUGCUUUUUCUUUUUUUUUUGCUGGGUUUUUCCAUUUCUUGCUGCUUUUUUUCUUUUGUGCAGGCUUUUUUCUUCUUUUCACUCUGGCUAUUUUACUAGCUUUUUUGCUGGAUUUUUUGCUAACUGUUUUCAUUUUUGCUCUCUUUAUUUAUUUUCUUUGUUGGCUUUUUUCUUUUUUUGCUGGAUUUUUCUUUUUUAUUGGCUUUAUUUUUCUUUUUACUGGCUUUUCUUUUUUGAUAUCAUUUUUGCUGGCUUUUUUCUUUUUGUGGUUUUAUUUCUUUUUUGUUGGCUUUUUUCUUUUUGCUGGCCUUUUUUUGCUGCCUUUUUUCACUUUUUGCUUGGUUUUUCAUUUUUUUUUUUACUGGUAUUUUUCUCCUUUUUUUGCUGGCAUUUUUCUCCUUUUUUUGCUGGCAUUUUUGCUGGCAUGUUUCUCCUUUUUUUGCUGGCAUUUUUGCCAGAAAAAAAAAACAAAGGACUCUUUUUUGCUGGCUGUUUUUUGCUGGCUAUUUAUUUAUUGCUGUUUUUUUUUCUUUUUUGCCGGCUAUUUUUCUUUUUUGCUGUCUUUUCUUUCUUUUUUUUUUUUGGUGGCAUUUUUCGUAGCGUUUUUGCAGGCUUUUCGGCCAGCUUCAUUGAUUUUGUUUGUUUUUUUUUUUGGUGGUGGUGGUGGGGGGUUCUGGCUGUUUCCAUUUUUUCUGAAUUUUUCUUAUAUGCUGACAAUUUUUCUUUUUUUCUGUCGUUUUUCCUUUUUUGCAGCCUGUUUUCUCUUUUUGCUGACUUUUUGA